AUUCCCUGUACCCUCAACUAGGGUAUUACCUCUCCAGGAACCUGCCUGUGAGGGGACCUGUGACUAUGUGUCUGUAUGUAUCACGCGUACGGCACUUCUGGGCCACACCUGGAGCAUAGUGACAAUGGCCAAGAACAAACGAAGAGGGCAGAAGUCCAGGAAUGUAUUUCACAUAGCCAGCCAAAAAAACUUUAAGGGUAAAAGUAAAGCAAAACCAGUUACCACUCAUCUAAAGAAGAUAAACAUUGUGAACGAGGUGAAGGUCAGGAGGAUGAACGCAGCGUUUGUGGACAUACAGAAGGAGCUCGCUCACUUCUCCACGGGCCUCUCCCUCGAGCCUCCACACAAGCAGCUGCUGCGUAGGGGUCACGCUGCUCAUGGACCGAAGGCUGGUCAUGCGAACCCCGAGUUUCCAGAGCCUUUAAGGGAAGUGAUUUCGGCACUUGGCUCUGGUGUGCGUGGCUGUGCAGCUCCGCAGAAGGGCCAGGAGAACCAGCCUGUGGACGUUGACGAAGCCACAUGGUUAAUGGCUCAGCUGUGACACGGUGGCAAUGCAUCCAGUUCCCCCAGAGACCAAGCAAUUAAAGGUUUUAUAAACUUUAUUUUUUAAAAAUCUUGUUAAUGUACAGGCAUUG